UUUAAUUUUCCCUAUUUUUAUAUUAUAGGGUUAGGGCACUCUUCGAAGAAAAAAAUGUUGCAGAAAACCCCCUUUUUCUCUCUACAAUUUGCGGGAAUUUUCUCUGGAGCAACUUUCCAGGUCAACCAUGGCUUAAUUCUUUGAUUUUUUACGAUUCAAGUUCUCUGCUGAACCGACAUAGUAAAAAAGUCUACUAUUUUUUAACCAGAAGAAGCUAUGUACCAGGAAGGAGCCCCUGAGUUUGUCAUUGAUCAGGGAUCAAUGUACUACCCUACUGGUACCAGCAUUGGAUAUUAUUUUACUGGUUUUGAAUCACCCGUUGAAUGGGAGGAACACCAGAACAUUUUUAGUGCAGAUGGUGCAGAUGUCCAAUUUACGCGUGCCCAAACUGAAACUUUGCCUUAUGUAUAUUGCACACCUAGCUAUGGAUAUGCACAGUCUCCAUACAACCCAUACAAUCCUUACAUAUCUAGUGCUGUGAUGGGUGAUAGCCCAUUCGUAGGGGCACAACAAUAUUACUCCUUUCCCCCUUAUUCAAACCCUGUAACACCAACUGCUUAUGUUCCCGUUGUCAUUCAACCAGAUGGAAUUCCAAACAAUUCUACAGAAUUUUUGCUUGAUACUCGUGCAUCAAUAGCUAGUAGACCUGAUGGAAGGGGAGUUAAACAUAACUUUGCUUCAGCAUCUGCAGCCUUUUCUAGGAACUCUUCAAAGUCUGCUCCAAAUCAGACAGAUUCCUUUACUAGGGUAUCGGAUGGACAAAGUAAACAUUCUGCAAACCGUGGGAAUUUUCCUGAUAGUUCCAGUCCAGCUGCAGCACGCACUCAACAGGGUAGAGUUGCUUCUGGGUCCAUUCAGUCAAUUGGCAACAUUCCUGGUGGGAAACUUCCAUCUCACUGUAAUCAAUUAAAAAUGGAUCUUCCUGCUGGUAAUACCUUUUCUGACUACAGAUCAAGUGCUCCUGGACGCGGUGCACUAGAUACGCUUCGACCAAAUAUCUCUGUUGGAAGGGUUUUGAAUGAUGCGCAUGGUUACCCAGAUACAUUGGGAGAACAGAAUCGAGGUCCCAGAACCAACAGAUUGAAAAAUCAAUUCAUGGUUAAAGCCUACACAACUAAAGCAGGAAAUUCUGAUGUCGAAGGGAACAUCGUUAUCUAUACCGACCAAUAUAACAAGGAUGAUUUUCCAAUUGACUAUGUUGAUGCGAAGUUCUUUGUAAUAAAAUCAUAUAGCGAGGAUGAUGUGCACAAGAGCAUCAAAUACAAUGUUUGGUCAUCCACACCCCAUGGCAACAAGAAGCUGGAUAGUGCUUUUGAAGAUGCACAGAGAAUAGCUGCAGGGAAACCUAGGGGCUGUUCAAUCUUCCUUUUCUUUUCUGUUAAUGCCAGUGGACAAUUCUGCGGUGUUGCGGAGAUGAUUGGCUCAGUUGACUUCCAAAAGGCAAUGGAUUUUUGGCAGCAAGAUAAGUGGAGCGGAAGCUUCCCUGUCAAGUGGCACAUCAUUAAAGAUGUUCCAAAUAGCCACUUUAGACACAUCAUAGUAGAGAAUAAUGAAAACAAGCCUGUGACUAAUAGCAGGGAUACGCAAGAGAUAAUGUUCAAGCAAGGUGUGGAGAUGCUGAAGGUAUUCAAAAAUCAUACAAUGAAGACUUCUUUACUUGAUGACUUCAUGUACUAUGAAAAUCGUCAGCGAAUCAUGCAAGAAGAGAAGGCCAGGCUACUAAUUAGAAGCUUUCAGAGCCCAGUCCAAGCAUCGACAUUGGAUGCUGCCACUAAGCUAAAGUUUGAGCUACAUCUGAAUGGCAAUGAGAAAGCUACCAAGCAAAGCGAUCCUGACAUGCUGAAGAGAACUGUUCCUUCUUCUAGUCAACAGGUUUCUUUUGGUUCUGAUAUAACUAAUGCAAGAAACAUGAAUGAUAAUAUAGAUCAAAUCUCAGUUGAAGCCAACAACGAUGCUUCUACUUUAAAGAUUGGCUUGCUCACUAAAAAUCCAAAGCAGGACGAGUCUAAACCCUCUGUAGAUGCUGAUGCUGUUGAGACGGUAACAGUAGGAUCUAUGCCCGUGAAAGUCAAUGGAUUUACUGAAUCAUCUGGUUACCUAACAUUUGGUACUCUUCCUCAUAAUCCCAAGACCCUACAGCCCAAAGGAGGUACUGCUAAAAAGGGUAGUAAUCGUGGUUAGGCUGAUGACUAAAUGGGGGCUUUUUUUUUUUCUGCUGGAACAUUCUGCGACCCGGUAGUUAUGUGCAUUCUUGACUGUUGUAAAACUGAGUGUAUCAUCAUACUCAUUGUUACAGGAUGGUUAGACGAAAUACUUGGUUCAGGUCAGCCUUUUGCUGUUUUUCACCCCACUCCCUCGUUCCUCACUCUUUGACUUACAAGCUGGAUUCCAAAUCCAUGGAUAAAUAUACUGACAGACAGACAGACAAGACUGUUUUUUUAGUUUUGUUUUUUUUUUUGUUUUGUUUUGUGAGGAGUGGGAGGUGCUUUUCAAUUUGCUUUAGUGGGAAAACAGUGUAAUCUUUGUUGUUUUUGCACUUCAAUAUUGAACGUGAAAGAAAAAAAAUCUGUUUGGUUUUUUGCAAGAUAUUGUAUUUCCAGUGUUCCCUGUUGGAAUCAAUUGUAUAAUGUCUCUUUUUUUUUCUUUUAAAAAAAAUGAAAUCAAAGAUCUUAGUUGA